GGACCUGCCACCUUCAGAUGAGCUCGGAGGAAAUGUGGGGCUUUAACCGACAAACAAUAGGGCUCGUGCAAGUCGCAUUAUAAGUUUUUAUUGCGUUCCACGAAACGGACGAAGCGAAGCCUCGAUCUUUGGCAGAUUAUUUUUACGCCCCCCGAAGGCCAGAAAGCAAACAAACCUAAAUAUUCUACCGACUCGUUUGACUCCCAAGUGAAUUAUCUUCAGGUCCGUGGUAUUGGCCGACGGACCGUGUAAACGCGGCUUGUAAAGAAAUUCCACCGUGGUUGGUCGUGGUGUAUAGAGAGGAGCCUCUUCAACCCUCCAGGCUCCUCAGCCAUGGCUCUGCUGGCCUACCUGAAGAGCCUGUUCAUCCUGCAGCUGCUGAUGGGCUUUGUGUUUGUGGUGAGCGGCCUCAUCAUAAACUUCAUUCAGCUGUGCACCUGCAUCCUCUGGCCGAUCAACAGGCAGCUCUACCGCAGAAUCAACUGCCGGCUCUCCUACUCCCUCUGGAGCCAGCUGGUGAUGCUGCUGGAGUGGUGGUCGGGCACAGAAUGUACCCUAUACACCGACCAGGCUACGGUGGACAAGUUUGGCAAGGAGCAUGUUAUCAUCAUCCUCAACCAUAACUACGAAAUUGACUUCCUCUGUGGCUGGACCAUGUGUGAAAGAUACGGUGUCUUAGGGAGUUCAAAAGUGCUGGCCAAACAUGAGCUACUGAAGGUUCCUCUAAUUGGCUGGACCUGGUACUUUCUAGAAAUCGUUUUCUGCAAAAGAAAGUGGGAGGAGGACCGAGACACUGUCUUCACAGGCCUGAACAGGCUCCGAGACUAUCCUGAAUAUAUGUGGUUUCUGCUGUACUGCGAGGGCACCCGCUUCACAGAGAAGAAACACCAAAUCAGUAUGCAGGUUGCAGAGAGUAAAGGCCUGCCUAAGCUCAAGUAUCACCUCUUACCCCGAACCAAAGGGUUCACCACAACACUGCAGUGUCUGAAGGGCACAGUUACUGCUGUUUAUGAUGUGACUCUUAACUUCAAAGACAACCAGACACCCACUCUCCUGGGCAUCGUCAAUGGCAAGAAAUACAAAGCUGAUAUGAGAAUUACGCGGUUUCCUGUGGAGGAUAUUCCAGACGAUGAGCAGGAGUGUGCCAACUGGCUGCAUAAGCUCUACCAGGAGAAAGAUGCCUUACAAGAAAUGUACAGUAAAGAAGGCAAAUUCCCUGGACCCACCAUUAUCCCCCCUCGACGCCCAUGGACUCUGCUCAACUUCCUGUUUUGGGCCACCCUUCUGCUUUCACCCCUCAUCAACUUUGCUUGUGGAGUGGUCGUCAGCGGCUCCCCUCUCCUCAUCAUUGGCUUCAUCAUCUUCCUCAUCAUAGCCUCCAUAGCUAUCCGUCGUCUCAUCGGAGUCACUGAGGUGAAGAAAACAGGCUCCAGUUACGGCGACCCGGGGCCCAAGAAACAAAACUAAAACUGUGUAACCCCCUCCCAUGUAAGGCUGUUUGCGUACGGCCAUCCCGCGGUGUCUCACCCCUACCCAGCUCCAUUCUCCUACUGUCGGGUCAGUUGGCAGGCCGGGGGAGGACACCCACCUGUGAAAACAUAACAGACACCGGAGGGAAAAAUUUCUAAUGGCACUAAAGUGGGGGAGAAUAAUAGAGGGUGUGAAGUCCAAGCUCUGGUGUCACACAGAACAUGAGGGGAGAGAUGCAGUACUGUAAUCCUCGCAUCUUUCUUAAUCCACAUAGCCCCCAUUCAAGUACCGGUAAUUCUCAGUAACACCCAAGGUUAAGCUCCUAACAUGUCUGAGGUCACAUGGACCACCAUUCAGCCUAUUUUCUGAGCUGCACCACCUACAUUCACUUCCUGUCAGUCAUCAGCCAAUCAGGGAGUGGGAACACAAUAUAAUCCAUUUUCAGUCUUUUUCUAAACUCAAAUCUCCAUCCAGGGUAGUUUGUCCCCUCUUAAACCAGUCUUCAGCAUGCAGGACGUCCCCCAACCCUUUUCUCACUAAAGGGGACUUGUAAUGGAAAUCGGUGCCUUGAGGCCCAGCCUGUCUUUCUUAUUUGGGUCACUUCACUCAGAUCAUACAAAAUUUUGCACCCCCCCCUCUCCGCCCCACUGUAUCACCAGACAGAUGGGUAUUGGUUUUAUAUCUUCAGGCUCUCAGAGUUGUACUGCUUCGCCAAAAACAAUGGUUUACUUUUUUAUGGUACUGAAGUUAUCAUAAAACAGUGGAAUGUAAAAGGGAAUUGAUGUUCAACCAGCUAGAACAUGGUUUCUGGAGAGAGACAUGGCUAUCUUUCAUUAUUUUAACCCCAACAGUGAAAAGUGGCUUGCUCUCACCAGAAGUUUUCAUUAAAAGACCUUUAAAUAUAAACUCAAAUCAUGCAUGCAGUGAAGAUAUGAUGAUGUGACUCCUGUGACCUUGGUGUACUGACCCUCUAACAUCUUGGAUUCAAACAGGCUGGUGUCUGUUUAAUUACAGCAAGGGCUUGAAUGUGAAAACUGUCCUUUUUCAAGGAUACCUACCAUCUGUUACAGGUCUCAUUUGUAGCCCACAGCACCAGAGCACAUGCUUACAUUUAGAUUCUUUUUCCAAUGGCUCCAUUUCCCAAAUCCCGUUUUUACUUUCUGUACACAUUUAGGAGUUUAUUUUCAUGUCCACAUUCACUUCUAACCCGACCAUCUCCUAAAUGUGGCGUAAUUAACCCCCUCCAACCGUUGAAAUGCAACUCACUGUCGGAUGUGACUGUUGUGCUGCUGCAGAUGAGUGGCAGCGGAGUCAGAUUUCAAGAUAGAGGUCACCAACUGUCUUCGUGUAGCUGCACAGCUGUUAGCAUAGCCUGUAGUAGUAAUAUUUCAACCUUUGCCUUAAAACAAGCUUGCUCAGGCAAGGGAUUGCUUAUUUGCCACCCCUUUAAAACAAAAACAACAAAAAAAUGGCUCUCACCUCUGUUUGACUACUUGCCCUCUUCCUCUCAUUACAACAAUGCAUGGUGGAGUAGCAUGCAUUUAUUUGGUUUGAUUACCAAAAUAAGUGAAUUAUUUAUAGGACAAAAAAGAAAAACACGCUUAUAAAGGCGUUGGUUUGUUAAAGGCGUCCUUGCAACUGCAUACAAUGCCACUAGGAAAAGAAAGCUCGAUGUGCAGGCAGUUACAACCGGGCUGUCGAUGGUGUGUCUCAAGUUAAAUGUUGGCUGCUGCAGUACAGGAGUAGGUCUUUUCCCUCUCUGAAAUAAGCCACAUUUUCUGGUCCAUAUUGGUAGCUAAAAUGUGGAGUGGGAUGUGUGUGUGUGUGUUUUUUUUUUUAAAACAUUCUCUACUCCCCCUCCUGUUGCCACAUCACAUUCUGGGAUCAUUACACCUCAACAGUGACGUGUGUUGUACGUUCUCUUUCUGUAGUCGUCUCUAUCCAGACAGAUUUCAUGCAAGCCUUAAUUAGCGCUGCUUAAAUAUUUCCUUUUUGUGUGUGAAAAUAUAGAAGCUAACCCACGUGGUAGUGAAGGUUUGAAAGUUUUUACAACAAACUUAAAAAAAAGACAAUAGCAGGUUUUUGGGACUAUAACUUGCUAUGAAGUUUUAACAUAAAGAAAUAGAGCCAAGUUGCUUGUGAAGAUUCUGUUCAGUCUUCAUUGUUUUACACAAGGAUAGUUUUGAGUUUCAUCAGUUCAGAUUUUUGACAAACUGAGGAUUAAGAUCUGUUUUCGUUAAAUCCAAAUCUCCAUACAACUUCUGAUGUGAAUGCAGGGUGAAAAUCAUACUUAAACUAAAAAGACAGAAAGGUUCAAAUCAGUUUUUGCAAAAAAUGUUUUACACUUGUUUUUUUUUUCCAUAGUAGAGAAACAACCUGUGAACAUUUUUCCCCUCUUCCAAAUUUUUGAAUACUGUAAAGUGACUACAAAUUGAGACUACUUUAGACAAACCACUUUUUAAAACCUCCAGAAAUCCUGUUAGUGGCACUUCUUGCAUCAGCUUAUGUUUUGUUUUCUACAGUUAUUUUUAUGUUUUCUUCAAUUUAAACACUUGAGAAUAUUAAAGGAUUUAA